CGCGCACACGCCUUCCUCUCCUCUCUGGUUGGUGCGUAAUGAACGUGCGUCAGGAUUUUGCGUUUGGUUCCUUCUCGGCAAGAUCACUUCUCGACUUUCAGACAUCGACCAAAGCAGGAAAAACAUUUCCUCCUUUGCGGCCAGAGUUUUCUUUUCCCAGAACUUCUCAGACAUAAAAAAAAUUUCGAGAAUUAAAACGAGGAAUAUCUGAAUAUUCACUUCACACGAUGAUGGAUUUACGGAGUUUUGUCGCUGCUCUGCUUCUUGUCUUCAGUUUGGCGACAGUUUUCGCUGAGACUUCCGCACCUGGUAAAGCAUGUGAGUCGUCGAAUGCGACAAACUGUGAGGAAUGUCUGAGAAACGUGACGUGCUUGUGGUGCAUCAAAACGAAGUCGUGUAUAACAUAUCCAGUGAGCACCAUCCUUCCACCGCAUGCGCUCUGUCCACUGAAUGAUGCACGCUGGGGGCUCUGCUGGAUGAACUUCCAGAUAUUGAUAAUCACAUUGGCCGUGGUAGGUGGAGUUAUCAUCAUCGCCUUCCUGGUCUGCUUGUUCUGCUGCUGCAAGUGUGAGAAUGUGGGAUCCCAACGGUUCCAGGCCAGGAUGCAGAAACAGGCCAAUACCGCAAAAACCAAGCAAGAAGAGAGGAGGGCAGAGAUGAAACAGAGGCAUGACGAAAUCAGGAAGAAAUAUGGUCUAAGUGGACAAAAUCCUUACUCCAGAUUUGCGUGAGAGGAUCCAUGAACUGAGAUUUUACUCUGUGAACCUUCUGUUUUUCCCUGAACUCUCACACCUCAGACAUCAACAACACAUCUUGUGGCUCUGAGAGUAAAUAUAACCUGAGAAUAAAUGUAAACUAUAACUAAGAUAAUUUCAGAAAAGUGACAGUUGUUUUGUAUAUGCUGCCUCUGGCUUCAUCCAGCCAAUGAACAAGAAUGUUGUGUUCACUGUAAUGAUCCAAGAGGCUGCAACCAAAGGCUAGAGUACACACAUGUAGCAACAGUGUUUGCUAAGGCUAUAGUAGUGUAUCCUGUGGCUCCUGUAGCAUUAGUUUUUACUAUUUAUGGGACUAUGUCUUAAGUUUAAUUGUACAGGAUGUAAAGAAUCCAGUCUGGUUGCUGAACAAUUCUUUCCUUUUGCUUAAGAAAAUCUAUUAGAUGUGUAAAUUUUCAGAUUUUUUUUGCGGAGUUUAGAGAUGUAAUUAGGAAUUACAACCUAUUUUUGCACUUUGUGUGAUUUUUUUUUUUUUUUUUUUAAUAGUGUUUCAAACUGACUACAACUACUAUUUUUCUGUAUUAGGUUCCGAAAAUACAGUAGCAGUCAAAAGUUUGGACACAUCUUCCCAUUCCUUUGAAUGAGGAAGUGUGUCCACACUUUUGACUGGUACUGUAACUUCAUAUUAUGAGGUCAAAAGGAAAUCUUCAGUCUUGCACUCCGACUUGAUUGAGUAAUCAUUAAUUUAAAUUGAAUGUGUUGAUCGUACAGUUGGAUUGAAAUCAGCCUAAUUCUAAUAUUUCUUGUAUAUCCUGUAAACAAACAGGUCUAAUAAAAGAGUUUGGACUGAUGACUAA